AUGAAGGCCGCUUUUGCUCUCGGCGCCUUGGCCGCUCUUUGCCAGUCAGCCUUCUCUCUCAGCGAAGGAUCCUAUACGAUUGGUUCCGCCGCUCUCGAUCCAUCUCUGGUCCUGAGUGAAACCACGGCAAAUGAUGGGCUCCUCGAGUUCACUCAGAAGGAGGAUGACCACCCUGGUCAGACUUGGUUACUCUCUCGCAGCGGCUCGAGCGAUCGUGAUUUCUUAGUUGAAAACAUCCUCGGCGGCUACCUCCACUGUGGUGACAAACCAGACUACCCCUGCUUUACAGCAGAAGAUCCCCGGAUCUAUACUCUCGAGUUUGCCGGCGAAAACAAGUAUCAAUUUGUUGCUCAGGGCUCUGGUUACUUCCUGCGUGUCAAUGAGAAGCGGGAACUUGUGCUUGCUGUCUGGGACCAGAGCCUGAACGAGCAACUUUCCCUGACUUCUACUGCUUGA